AUGCAGAACACAGUCAAAAGGACGAAUACAGUCGAUCGGUUAAGAUGGACAAAGGUCGUCACAGCUGGAAGUAGCGAUAAAGCGCUUGAGAGAUUCGCGAGGAGGAAGAAGGCCAACAAGAAUGAAUCAAGGAAAGCCAGUAUAAAAACACACACACACACCAAUACCGACAAGAUCGCGGACGAGGAAGCACAACACGAAAAGGAAAAAAAGGAUGCACGGAGAGGAAGAGGUGUAAAGGGCGCUGCGAUGUUUAGCGGUGGUUAG